GGCGACACCGAACAUGGCAGAAGCCCACCAGGCCGUGGCCUUCCAGUUCACGGUCACUCCAGAUGGGAUCGACCUGCGGCUCAGCCACGAGGCCCUGAAGCAGAUCUACCUUUCUGGACUUCAUUCCUGGAAAAAGAAGUUCAUCAGAUUCAAGAACGGCAUCAUCACCGGCGUGUACCCGGCCAGCCCGUCCAGCUGGCUCAUCGUGGUGGUGGGGGUGAUGUCAACCAUGUACGCCAAGAUCGACCCCUCGCUGGGAAUAAUUGCGAAAAUCAAUCGGACCCUUGACACUACCAGCUGCAUGUCCAGCCAGACGAAGAACGUGGUCAGCGGCCUGCUGUUCGGCACGGGGCUGUGGGUGGCCCUCAUCAUCACCAUGCGCUACUCCCUCAAGGUGCUGCUGUCCUACCACGGCUGGAUGUUCGCGCCCCACGGCCGGAUGAGCCGCACCACCAAGAUCUGGAUGGGCAUGAUCAAGGUCUUCUCGGGUCGCAAGCCGAUGCUGUACAGCUUCCAGACGUCCCUGCCUCGCCUGCCGGUCCCCGCCGUGCAGGACACUGUGAACAGGUACCUGGAGUCGGUGAAGCCGCUCAUGAAGGAAUCCGACUUUAAACGGAUGACAGUCCUCGCACAAGAUUUUGCCGUCAGUCUUGGACCCAAACUGCAGUGGUACCUGAAGUUAAAAUCCUGGUGGGCGACCAAUUACGUGAGCGAUUGGUGGGAAGAGUACAUCUACCUGCGGGGCCGAGGGCCGCUGAUGGUGAACAGCAACUACUACGCCAUGGACUUGCUGUAUGUCUUGCCGACGCAGAUGCAGGCAGCGAGGGCGGGCAAUGCCAUCCACGCCAUCCUGCUCUACAGACGGAGGCUCGACCGGGAGGAGAUCAAGCCGAUCCUGCUGCUGGGCUCCACAGUCCCGCUCUGUUCCGCGCAGUGGGAGCGGAUGUUUAACACGUCACGGAUCCCGGGAGAGGAGACGGAUGCCAUCCAGCACGUGCGGGACAGCAAGCACAUCGUCGUGCUCCACAGAGGCCGCUACUUCAAGGUCUGGCUCUACCACGACGGGCGGCUGCUGAGGCCGCGGGAGAUCGAGCAGCAGAUGCAGAGGAUUCUGGACGACCCGUCGGAGCCCCAGCCCGGGGAGGCGAAGCUGGCGGCCCUCACCGCAGGGGAAAGGGUCCCCUGGGCCAAGUGUCGCCAGGCCUACUUUGGACGCGGGAAAAAUAAGCAGUCUCUCGACGCCGUGGAGAAGGCCGCGUUCUUCGUGACGCUGGAUGAGACCGAACAGGGGUACAGACAGGAGGACCCGGAGGCGUCGAUGGACAGCUACGCCAAGUCCCUCCUCCACGGCAGGUGCUCUGACAGGUGGUUCGAUAAGUCCUUCACGUUCAUCGUCUUCAAAAACGGGAAGAUGGGCAUGAACGCGGAGCACUCGUGGGCCGACGCGCCCAUCAUGGGGCACCUGUGGGAGGUGAGUGCGCCUCGGGCCGGGACAGAUCCAAGCCCCGGGCUCCGUUUAUUGUGUGGUUGUUGUCUGACGAGUCAGUGCUUCGUAACAGCCGUUUACUUGUUUAAACUGGUUCCUCAGUCGCCGCGAUGGGCUUCACAAAACAAAACUCGGGCUGGUCGACGUGGCGUUUGGGGUCCCACCCAGGCCAGGAGGCCCCAGCGCCCCUCCCCCGGCCAGCGGGGAAGAGUGAGCAGAAAGCGGGGCGUUGCUCAAGCACCCGUGGCGUCGGGGUGCGUCGGGGUCCGUCGCCCCCCCCCCAGCAAAGUGACCCCGUCUCUCCUCCCCCUCCAGUGCCAGGAGGUGAUAGAGGCCUCCCUGCACAGCGCCAGCCUCCUGGCCGACGACGUGGACUUCCACUCUUUCCCGUUCCACACCUUCGGCAAAGGCCUCAUCAAGAAGUGCCGGACCAGCCCGGAUGCCUUCGUGCAGCUGGCGCUCCAGCUGGCGCAUUACAAGGACAUGGGCAAAUUUUGCCUCACGUACGAGGCCUCCAUGACCCGGCUCUUCCGAGAGGGGAGGACGGAGACCGUGCGCUCCUGCAGCACGGAGUCCUGCAACUUUGUGCUGGCCAUGGUGGACCCCAGCCAGACGGUUGAGCAGAGGCUCAGGCUGUUCAAGGUCGCGUCCGAGAAGCACCAGCACCUGUACCGCCUGGCGAUGACGGGCUCCGGGAUCGACCGUCACCUCUUCUGCCUCUACGUGGUGUCCAAGUACCUGGCCGUGGACUCCCCCUUCCUGAAGGAGGUCUUAUCAGAGCCUUGGAGACUGUCGACCAGCCAGACCCCGCAGCAGCAGGUGGAGCUGUUCGAUCUGGAGAGGAACCCGGAGUACGUGUCCAGCGGCGGCGGCUUCGGGCCGGUGGCCGACGAUGGCUACGGGGUGUCCUACAUCCUCGUGGGCGAGAACCUCAUCAACUUCCACAUCUCUUCCAAGUUCUCCUGCCCGGAGACCGACUCCCACCGCUUUGGGAAGCACGUGAGACAGGCCAUGACUGACAUCAUCGAGUUGUUUGGGUUCAGCCCCAAUUCCAGGAAGUAACUCCACGAGGGCCGCCGGAAAGCAACACAAGCUCUUCAGAGACAAACCAAAUGAAAAGCCGCCGUUGAUCCUGAUUACAGUUCAGGGCGAGAAACUGCUCUUCGAAGCCCAGCAGUUUUCCCUCCAUCGAGGGCUUGGUGUUUUUGGUUCCCAGCACAGCCGUCUUCACCCCGUGAAGUGUGAUCCCACUACUUCCUGGCAGGUCCUGCCGCCGGGAACGUCUGCUGAGGUGCCCCCUUCCCGCCCCCGCCCUGCACUCACCCUGCUCCUCAGCCCCCCCACCCUCGCCCCCCCCCGCCCGGAAGUUUUUGCAUUCACCUGUGUGCAUACACAGGAUAAAAGUUUGUCUGAGCUAAGUAAGGGACUAGGAGGGAUGGGACUUCACCGAUGGGGAAUGGAGGUGGCACAUUUCCUCGGUGAGGACCGAGUACCUGGUCCUUAACGGGCAUUUACUUUUAUCAGCGCUUAAGGUCUCCGGGCGGAGACGUGAAACCGUUCAUAGCUGACGCGUAUAUAAUGCACUAAUGGAAGCAAUGUGCUUUUAGAAAGUUUUUCGUCCCCGUGGGUAACUCUGUCCUCGUCUGGCUUGGCAGUCUGUGUUCGCCCCUCCGUGUUUGAAGCAAGUAGUGUGUCACGUUGUGUAGCUUCUACUGACCAUGCGAGUCUUCAAAACCCAGUGCCUUAAAAACGGAAGGCCCCCCCCCCCCCGGAAGGGAGACCGUAGGAGAGAUGUGCUCUGUCUGCCGCGUCUCCAGGUGGAGUUGUGAGCGUCUUCCUCCUUCCUCAGUUUACCGAGUGGAUGACCCGAUAAAUAGGGGUGUCCCGUGGUGUGUCCCCCCCUCGAAAGACCAGUUUCCCUCAGAGCGCAGCCGUGAUAGUCCCUUUCAUCACACCGCCCUCCUUGCAUCAUUAAGCAGCAAAUGAAAGAAUGUGUGUGUGUCGGAAACGCGGAGCGAGGGAGGUUGUGAGGGGACGGAUGUGUGUGGAGCAGUCCCUGACAGGCCUCGGGGUUACUGCUCACCCCGGCCGACGACAGGGCGGGCGUGACGCUGACGAAGGGAAAAACUCCCUCGAGAAAUGGAAAGAGAAACCUCCAGAUGGUCCGGCGAGUGCAGCACCAGCAGGCCCCCUGGGGAGAGAACCCCUGGCCUUUCCUGAGACGCGGGGACAUGGAAACCAUGGGCCACCGAGUCCCAGGUGACCGGUGCUAAGUUUAGCACAGCCUGUCCUUCGGGUUGCAUUGUCCAAGAAGCAAUGAUGCACUGAAUCGUCUUCAGUAUUUAACGCACAACUUAAGGGUCAAGGAACAGAGUCACCCACUGGCUCUGGGCUGUCCCCACAGGCGUAGCUGUCCCAUUUUUAAAGCUGUGUAAUUUAUGUUGCUGACCACUCUGUCCCUGCUGGGCAUGCCUCUGUGUGAGGUGUGCGCUCCAGUUCGAUGCAGUGACCAGGCCGAGCCGUUGGAGGAGACAAGGCACUUGUUUGCAGAGCACACGCGUUAUUUUAUUUGUAUAUGUUUUAAUGUAAAAUUCCCACCUAAACGGGCCAAAGAUUUUUUUUUUCUCUUAAAAGCAAGAAGGAAUGAAAACAGGCAGAAAAACAAAACAAACCACAAAAAACCUAAAAUGAGGACCAACAACUACAAUGACAAACCCUCGUGUCUGUCUGGGGUUCAUAGUCAAGGAAGUGGGGGGGAGGGGAGUGCAGUCUGCCCCGGGUGGCCGUGGCUUCCGCCCCAAGCUGGCAUCAGUCACUCUCAGGCCACCUAAAUCGUGCACUGUUGGCCACUGACCAGUCUGUGUGACCUUCGUGUUCACGUGUGAAUUUGAAUGUCGACCUGUAGCACUUAACACCUAUUCGGGCUUGUCUCUCAGGUUUCAAUAUUUCAAAUGUAAUUAAUUAUCGUUAGCCAGUGCAGUUAUCAAUGCAAUUUUAUAUUUCCUGAAAGAAGAGUGGAUCUUUAUUGUACGUGCAGAAAGGAGGAGGGAAGAGUAUUAUGUAUUUAAUUUAAUUGGAAUAAGCCAUACCCUUUCUUAAAGGGGCUGUGGUCUGAAUUCGUUAUCUUGGGCUGUCCACUGCUUGUAAAUACAGUGCUCUUUUGGAUGUAAAUCUUAGAAAUGCAGAAUGACUGUCAUCAUUAAUAAAACAUUAAUCCCAGUUUGUCCCUA